AUGGAACCUGUCUUGUCGCCGACUGAGGACUUCACCUUGGAUAUUUCGCAUAUUCUUCCAGGCUGGCAUGGCAACUACUUGGCGACGAAGGACAGCCCAAAAAAAGCUCGAGGGUUCGGAAAGACAGAUCCAGCCUCAAGAACCUGUAGGAUACUCGGUGGCCUGCAGUGCGCGACUUCGCUCCAUAAGCAACUUUCUUCCUCAUCCUUGGACAAUGCUCCGACGAUCUAUACAUUUCGAUCCGGGAGGGCAGCGAUCACACAUGGCCCCGAUUGGGAUUGCUCGACGAUCGGCGCGAUAUAG